AUGUCAGUUACUCGUGUGGUAGCUAUAACUGGGUGUGACAGCGGCUUAGGUUGGGCAAUUGCAGCAAGAUCAGCUCGUGAAGGUAUUGUUACAAUAGCCGGUAUGUAUCAAGGAGUUGAUACAAGUGCGGCUGAGAGUUUAAGAAAACUGUGUGCACAUCCCUGUCCCCUAGAUGUGACAAGCGUGGAGAGUAUAGCUGAGUUUCGGAAUUACGUGAAAUGUUUGCUGACUAAAAACCCUAAUUACAAACUACACGCAAUAAUAAACAACUCAGGUGUCAUGACUAUUGGUGACUACGAGUGGCAAACACCCGCAAUAAUUGAGAAUACUAUCAACGUCAAUCUGCUCGGUGCUAUGCGAGUUGUAUCUGCGUUCCUACCUGACCUUAGAUGUUCUGCGUUAGAGAACAAGGGUUCCUCUAGACCUCGUAUAAUUAACGUGGCAAGCCAUUGCGGAUUGCACCCAUUGCCAGGCUUCGCUGCAUAUAGUGCUAGCAAGGCUGCCGUAUUAGGGUGGACCAAGGCUUUAAGGAUGGAACAUAUGAGAUAUGGACUAAGUGCCGUCUCAUUUGUACCAGGCGGAUUUAUUACAUCCAGCAAUAUAAUUUCAAACCAAGGCGCUACAGGAAAUGUUAUAUUAGAACAUUUGAAUGAAGAACAAAAAUCCUUUUAUGGGGAAAGGAUCAAAUCCCUCUCUAAUUACCUCGAAGCAGCGACUACUCGUGAUGUUAGAUACGAUUCUUUGAAGGACGAAAACAUCUUAGAGACAUUUAUCAAAGCUUUGACUGAAGAUAAUCCAAAAGAACUUUACAAAGUGGAAUCAUGGAGAUACAUGUUUUACUAUAACCUAUUUAAGUUACCGCUCCCUGAAGCCUCCCACCGCUGGCUUGUAAAAAAGUUCCUUAAUUUUCCCGAGUGA